ACGCGGCUCACCUCGCCAGUACCUCUGCCUUCCGUCUCGGGGGCUACACAGCAAGCAAGGGUCUUGUCUACUUCCUCAGCGGGGAUCUCAAAGAACGCCUUUCUCGCAGAUGGACGGAUUGGCGACGCACAGCGGCGCUUGACCCGACCCAGAGGCCCACCGCUAAGCCCAGGCCUUGGAAGUUGCAAGUGUACGACUCACUCGUGGAGUGGGUGGUCAACACUGCUGCUGGCGGGCCCACCCGGGCUGCUGAUGAUGGGAUUGCGGGCUUGUUGGAGACGAUCGCAGGUGCGGGGGCCUCAGUUGAGUCUGCGAAUCACGGCGAAUCCCUUAGUGACAAACCCUGGCCGGUGGUUGUUACUUUCCGUGGAUCAGAGGACAGCCGGAAGGUUAAGGUCGAGCACACAAGCGUGUUUUGGAACAUCUCCCCCAAAAGGGGAAAGGAAAGGCCGGACAGCGACGUUCUCCCAAACGUGAAAGCGAACAGCGUGGUGGGUCCGCGAGGGAAGGCAAAGCUGCACGUACGUCUGCCUGAGGACUGGGAUUUCCUGCAGGGCUAUCAUGCUUUCUGUGAUAGUCGGUGCUGUCCGACUAUCGUGUUCUGUCUGGUGCCGGUGCCGCCCGGCCCAGCCCGCAAACGGGUGUAA